UGUCACUCCCAUUGAUUCUGUCAUGCUUCUGUGAACAAACACCAAGAAUGGCGAGGACGAAUGUGGUCAGGGUUGCUGGACUUCUCUUGUUAUCUACACUGAGUCUUCUCGCUGUUGAUUGUCACGAGCGACAUGGCAUCCGCGAUGACCACGCCAGUGUUGCUGAAUCGGAGGUGUCAGCAGACGCUGCUGAGCAAAUUCACAUCUCAUUCGGCCGUAGCACUAGCGAGAUAGUGGUGGUGUGGUCCUCCAGGAACAGCAGUAAAACUAGCAGUGUUCAGUAUGGCAGCAGCAGUAGUAGCAGUAGCUCUCCACUUACUGAGAGGCUGAACGUGUCGGUUGCUGCUGAGUGCUGGCAGUUCACUGAAGGCAAUCCUGAUGGCAUCCAGUGGCUUUAUCGAGCCAGGCUUCAGAACCUGUCUCCAGGCAAGUCAUAUAAUUAUCAAAUCAGCUCCGCACCAGGCGUGGUAGCCAGCGAUGUCUUCUCUUUUUCCGUUCCCAAACUGCUGGAUGAGGCGUAUCCAAUGCAGGUGGUGAUGUUUGGUGAUAUGGGUAAAGUCGGUGGCAGCGCCACCCUGCCCCGUCUGAAGGAAGAAGUGAAGGCCAGGGACAAUGUGGCUAUGAUCCAUGUUGGUGAUUUUGCCUACGACCUUCAGGACGAUGGAGGAAAGCGAGGUGACGACUUCAUGAACAGGCUGCAGGAUGUUUCUGCCAACAUUCCGUACAUGACCUGCCCAGGCAACCAUGAGAUCGCAUUUAACUUCAGCCACUACCGCAAUCGCUUUGCAAUGCCCUCCGCCGAUGAAUCUCCAGCCAACGAUCAAUUGUGGUGGAGUUUGGAUAUCGGCCCUGUGCACUUCUUGAGCUAUGACACUGAGGUCUACUUUGCUCGCGAAGACCUGAUCCAAGCUCAGCUGGACUUCAUCAAUGCCGACUUGGCCCGUGCUGCGGAUCCUGCCCAGAGGAAGAAGGUGCCAUGGAUCGUUGCGUUUGGUCAUCGUCCUAUGUACUGCUCUAACAUUGACAAUGAUGACUGUGCCACACCAAAGUCCAAAGUCAGAGCUGGAUUGGAAGCAACAUUCUACAAGUACGGAGUUGAUUUCAUCGUUGAAGGCCAUGAGCAUUCCUACGAGAGACUGUACCCAGUGUUCAAUGAGACCGUCACACAGAAGAACUACAUCGAUCCCAAAGCACCCGUUCACAUUAUAUCGGGGCAGGCCGGCUGUAAUGAAGCCGGAGGGCUUUGCGUCAAUCCGAUACUGGGAAAGAAAGGUGACUGGUCAGCAUUUCGUUCCUGGCUUCCCGGCCAGUAUGGCUAUGGUCGGCUAAAGUUCCUGAAUGCCACGCACGCACAGUGGUCUCAAAUGUAUGACAUCGUCAAGUUGACCGAAGACACCGUGAUCAUCGAGCAGCAGGAUCACGGACCGUUCAGAUGAGCAAUCAUGUUAGUGUCCAGCAGGGGCCCAGGGGAUCUUCAGGCUGGCUCCAGGGGAUCUUCAGGCUGGCUCCAGGGGAUCUUCAGGCUGGCUCCAGGUAUAUCAUGAAUACUAUUACUAGUACUGCAUUGCCACCUGGCCGUCAUUAUUCAGGUUGCUCUAGUGCGUGCACACACACACACACACACGUGUGUGUGUGUGCUUGCUGUGCACAAGUGCAUGACACCCGCCCCGGCAUCACCGCCCAUACCCCAGCGCAUACCAAUCACAAGCCAUCCGUGUUGCAACCAGCACUGCGCUACCUGUGAUCGCUGUUUUAAAUCUGCUCCUGGCUUUCGGCGACACAAUUGCAAUCGUGGACGGCGUCGUGGCGGAGCGGCUUCCUAGUGGCAGUGCUGACUUCUCUCAAACUCUCUCUUCUACUCUCCCCUGUCUCGGGGGCGGCGUGGCCAAGCAUUUGGCAGCUGUACACCAGGCCAGGUGUGUGUGUGUGUGUGUGUGUGUGUGUGUGUGUGUGUGUGUGUGUGUGUGUGUGUGUGUGUGUGUGUGUGUGUGUGUGUGUUAUUAGGCUGUGGGAUGUGUGCUGUGUGCUCAGUGAUGUAUUAUUUAUUUUGGACAUUGUGUCCACAUUGUGUCCUUGUGACUCUUUGAGCUUUCCUACUACAUUGUAUGAUAUUCCUUCUCAUUUCAAACUUUGUUCCCACAAAACUCAUAGGAUCUAGGAAUGACAUUGAUUUGUGCACAAUGGACUCUUUAGGUUUUUAUUAGCGUUUGGUACAAACGAGAUAUUGCUGAUAGCCUUGUACUGUGAGAAUAAUUCCUGAACGGCGCCGAUAAUAAUACUGUAGACAAAGUGUCUGAAGUCCUUGCUGCAAAUAGUGCUCAAUACCCUAACGAGGGCAGAGCGUACUACACAAGGC